CGCCCCUCCCGCCGCAGUGUGACACCGUGAGCAAACAUGGCAGUCCUGCCGGCGAGCGUGUCCACGCCUCUGCUGGGCCUGGGGGCCCUGCUGGUCCUGGUGGUCCUCACCUACCAGCGUCUGAGCAGCUACCUGCGCACGUGGAUCCAGAUGAAGCCCAUCCCGGAGGUGGGGGGCACAUACCCCUUUGUCGGCAACGCGCUGCAGUUCAAGACCAAUGCGGGAGAUUUCUUCCGCCAAAUUCAUGAAUACACGCAAGAGUUCUGUAACCAGCCGCUGCUAAAACUGUGGAUCGGGACGGUGCCCUUCGUGGUUCUGUUCCACGCUGAGACGGUUGAGCCAGUGGUGGCCAAUCCUGUUCACAUGGACAAAUCCUACACGUACAGCUUCCUCCAUCCUUGGCUGGGAACCGGUCUGCUCACCAGCACAGGUCCAAAGUGGCGUGAGCGCCGCAAGAUGCUGACACCCACGUUCCACUUCACCAUCCUGCAGGACUUCCUGGAAGUCAUGAACGAGCAAGCCGAGGUCCUAGUGGGCAGGCUGGCCUCGCAGGCGGGGCGGGGCCCGUUCAACUGCUUCAGCUACGUGACGCUCUGCGCCCUGGACAUCAUCUGUGAAACGGCGAUGGGGAGGAAAGUUUACGCCCAAAGCAACUCGGAGUCUGAGUACGUGAAGAGCGUGUACAAGAUGAGUGACAUCAUCAGCCGCAGACAGAGGUCGCCCUGGUUUUGGCCCAACUUCUUCUACAAAUACUUUGGCGAGGGCAAAGUCCACGACAGGACGCUCAGAACUCUGCAGUCCUUCACCUACGAGGUGAUCCGAGAGAGAGCAGAGGGUCUGAAGGACGAGAAUGACCGAAAGAACGAGAAAGCGGCGUCCGGGAUGAGGAAAAGACGAGCGUUUUUGGACAUGCUCCUGCAGACCAAAGACGAGGACGGCAACUUGAUGAGCCAUCAGGACAUCCAGGAGGAAGUGGACACCUUCAUGUUUCGGGGUCACGAUACCACGGCGGCCGCCAUGAACUGGGCCCUCCACCUGCUGGGCGCUCACCCCGACGUGCACGCCAAAGUUCAGCAAGAGCUUCAGGACGUGUUUGGUGCGUCGCAGCGAGCCGCCAGCAUGGAGGACCUGAAGCAGCUGAAGUACUUGGAGUGUGUGGUCAAGGAAUCCCUCAGGCUCUUCCCGUCCGUGCCCUUCUUCGCUCGCUGCCUCUGUGAAGACACCAACAUCAACGGUUUCUACGUGCCCAAAGGCGCCAACGCCGUCAUCAUUACCUACGCCCUCCAUCGAGACCCGAGAUACUUCCCUGAACCCGAGGAGUUCCGUCCCGAGCGCUUCCUGCCCGAGAACUGCGUGGGCCGGCCUCCUUACGCGUACAUCCCCUUCUCCGCGGGGAUCCGCAACUGCAUCGGUCAGCGGUUCGCACUGAUGGAAGAGAAGGUGGUUCUGGCCUCCGUCCUACGCGAGUUCAACGUCAAAGCCUGCCAGCGGCGCGAGGAGCUGAGGCCGACGGGCGAGCUCAUCCUGCGACCGGAAAGCGGAAUCUGGAUCGAACUGGAAAAACGGGUUCUGCUAGAACCGACUGUCAUUUAAGUUUCUUUUCCUGGUCGUGCGUAGUCCUGGUUUUGUACGUUCUUGUUGUCCACGGACCACAUGCACGGAGAAGUCCGUGCUAGGAGGAAGCCGCGGAUGUGUUCUCCUGCGGUUCCUCAGGUUGAAACCGAUGCAAUUUUUCCGACAGGAAAUGAAUCAUGAAUCAUUUUUCGAAAUUGUUGGGACGGCUUUGUGUGUAGACGCUACGCUACAAUAUGACCGCCAUUACCCGACACUCGACCAGCAGCCAUCUUUACACUCGUAAUUGUCAAAUAGACGUCUUCCUGUGCAAUGACAUACCUGUAUAGCCGAUACCGCUAAUGCUAACAUAUGCUAGCCGGUGGCGGCGUGCGUCGUCAUCGUGAUCCGUGUGCAUCAUCCCUUUACGAUGGGUGUCCAAAUGUGGCUUCCUGUCUUUUACAGCAGACGUUUUCCAGGACGUAGACAGGUCCAAUCCAUCCCAAAAUUGAUCUGGUGCCUUGAAAUAAAAUACAUGACAAUUUUUCCAUUUUAAUAUCAAUAUAAUACAAACAUUUUUUAAUAAAUGUUUAAUUUUUCAACAAAA